AUGGAAGACGAACUUGAACGACUACGUGAACGCGUUUCGGUUCUGGAAGCACAAUUAGCAAAACAACAGUUACAACAGCAAGAUCGUGCAGCAACUUUUGAAAUAGCCAAUCAACUUAACAAUGAAGAGAUUCGUCGUUUCGGACGACAAUUGAUCCUUCCGGAAUUCGGACCGGCUGCACAGCUCAAACUGCGCAAUAGCUCCAUACUAGUAGUAGGGGCAGGUGGUUUAGGAGCACCUGCUAUCCUCUAUUUGGGAGCAGGCGGUGUCGGUAAACUCGGUAUUGUCGAUCAUGACGUUGUGGAUAUAUCAAAUUUGCAUCGUCAAGUGAUCCAUAAGGAACGAACCCAAGGCAUGAAUAAGGCUGUUUCGGCCAUGUUGGCAGUACACGAAAUUCAUCCACACUGUCAUGUGACACCGUAUCCCAUUCUGUUGGAUAGCUCCAACGCACUUUCCAUUAUCAAGCAGUAUGAUGUAGUGUUGGAUGCAACAGAUAAUGUGGCCACGCGUUAUUUGCUCAAUGACGCAUGUGUUUUGGCUGGCAAACCACUGGUGUCUGGUAGCGCGCUGCGGAUGGAUGGUCAGCUUACGGUUUACAAUCAUAAUGGCGGGCCUUGUUACAGAUGUCUACACCCCGUGCCUCCUCCUCCCGAAACCGUGACCAAUUGCUCUGAUGGUGGCGUCCUUGGUGUCAUUCCUGGUGUGAUUGGUGUAUUGCAAGCAUUGGAAGCUAUCAAGAUUGCUUCGGGCUUAACUCAAAAUGAGUCUUCACAUGGUCUCCUCGUUUUUAAUGGUUGUUUUUCGCCCAUGUUCCGUUCUAUCAAACUGCGCGGAAAGAAGAAGGAAUGCUUGGUGUGUGGAGAUAACCCAACCAUCACAGAGCUCAUAGACUAUGUAGAAUUUUGUGGGGCAGGCGCCACCGACAAGGCAUCGCUUUAUGUUUUGAAACCAGAAGAACGUAUUAAUGUUCAACAAUACAAACAAGUGUUAGAAAGUAACGAGCGCCACCUAUUGCUAGACGUACGGAGUCCGGUACAGUUCAAAAUCUGCAAUCUAGCAAACAGCGUAAGCAUACCACUGGAUAAGUUGGAAUCGCAGUUAGCAGGGAUCAAGGAGCAGAUAGAAAAGCAGAAAGCAAAAAAUGGCAACUGUGCGUUCUAUGUAGUAUGCCGAUUAGGAAAUGAUUCACAGCUGGCUGUGCGAAUGUUGCAGAAAAAUGGAAUCGCAAACGCGCGCGAUAUCGCUGGCGGACUGUAUAAAUGGGCAACAGAUAUCGAUACUACAUUUCCUAUCUACUAA